AUGAGCGAAGAGGUGGUGAAAGUUAUCGUCCCGCCGAAAGAAACGGUCGUUCCCCUUCUCGGGGGUAUGAAAUUCGUCACCGACGUUCGCCACCACGAACCCGAAGCCCUCCUCGACCACGAGCGGACACUUGGGUACCGUCAUCAAAUAGAGGGUAUGGACGCUUACGAAGUCGGUCACCACCACCAUACCGGCGCCGCUCACGUACUCCUCCGGGGAGAAACUUCGGUCCACCUCCCUAUGAAAGACGACGAUCCCCUCCAAGAAGGUUCUCGCCUAGAAGAGAUGAAAGGGUUAGAUCACCGCCCCAAAAAUGGCGCUCGAAAUCGCCCUACAGUGAUGGCAGAUCACACAACGUCUCCCGCGCUCGCAACAGCCCAAAACGAAUACGCGAUACAACUCCUGGCAGCCAAGUCUUCCGACCCACGAGACGAGACGGCCCUGCCGUCUUGA